CCACAAUAAGAGGGGCUCUUCCUCUCCCUUUGGACUCAUUCGCUUUGAUCGCAUCUCCUUCUCUUUAAUUUCUCUGUCACGUAUGCUUCAAAAAAAGCAUUUAGCAUACCUAUCAAGGCAGGCAGAGCUAAUAGUAAAAGAUAAAAAUAAAAGCAAAAGUUUCUUAGGUGGAAACAAAGUGUGGUGGUGUUCUUGAUAAUGGGGUUGGGGUUGGCUUCUUCUUCUCCAACAUAAAAGAAGAAAGAGAGAUUCAUUCAACUCCCCAAUUCUCUCUCUCAAGAAUCAAAUAAAGUUUAUUUUUUGUCCUUGAAUACUUGUAUUCAUAUUCCUUGUUCAUAUUUCCUUUGGUUGGUCAUUGAAAAAGGCAUCCAUAGUUUGAGGCAUCUUCUCCUUCAUGCUGUUUAUGUGUUUGCCUUAAUUAAGCCUUCCCUUUCUCAUCACUCUCUUUUACCUAUCAAAAUCCCCUCUAUAUAUAAGAAGUUACCUUUCUGUUUCGAUCAUUCUUCAAUGGCUGUUCAAGCUCAAUACCCAUCAAAUGUUCACCUUUUUAACAGAGCUGUGCAAGAACGAAAGAACCCACUUGGCAACGAUGAUUAUUCCUUGCAACCUCAACUUGGUGGAGGAUCAAAACUUGAUCACACAAAAAUGCUAUUCAAUCCAGGAGCUGGCUCUAAUCAUUCGUGUAAAAGAAGAAGAGAAGUUAGCACCACCACCGGUACAACGACGGCAAUGAAUCCAUUAUUUUUAAUGCAAUCUCAGCCGCAGCUCAUUGACCUCACUCAACUUCAUACAAAUCCGCAGCAACCAAAUGUUGUCUCCACCGGCCUCCGUUUAGCUUCUGGAGAACAGUUACAACAGCAGCAGCAACACCAAUUACACCAACAAUAUCAGAAGCAGCAUCAACAACAACACUCUCUUUCUCCUCAAUCUUCUCAAUCAUCGGCCUUCUAUUCCAUAUUAACAGAAGACAUGUCUACUAUAAUUAAACAACAACGCGAUGAAAUUGAACAAUUUCUCCAUUUUCAGAGAGAACAAUUAAGACGGACUUUAGAGGAUAAAAGGCGUACACACUAUCGUGCUCUGCUUGGAACUGCCGAGGAAUCAAUGGCACGGCAGCUGAAGGAAAAAGAAGCCGAGGUUGGAAGAGCGGUUCGGCGCAACGCUGAGUUAGAAGCGCGUGCAGCUCAGCUGAGUGCGGAGGCGCAAGCGUGGCAGGCAAGGGCGAGGGCGGAGGAAUUCACCGCGACAACUCUACAGGCACAGCUACAGAAAGCGAUGAUGAACGGUGGAGUAUGCAAUGCGCACCUCCCGGACGGAGACAUCGCCGGUGCCGGCGAAGCUGAGGAUGCUGAGUCGGCUUACAUCGACCCGGACCGAGUGGUUGAGGCAACCGGGCCGAGUUGCAAGGCUUGCCGGAAGCGAGUUGCGUCGGUGGUGCUUUUGCCGUGCAGGCAUUUGUGUGUUUGUACAGAUUGUGAUGGUGUGGUUCAAGCAUGUCCACUCUGUCUCUCCAUUAGAAGCUCAAGUGUUGAGGUCUUCCUGUGUUAGAAAAGCCCAAUCUUUGGCCCAUGUUCUUUGCACCCUAGGCCCAAAUAUCAUGAACUAAGAAAGAUUUUCUAACUAAUGUAUUCAUUGCUACUUUUAAAUAAAAAAUAUAUAAAAAUAAAUAAUGUUGAUAUAUCAAUUAUAUAUCUCUUAAUUCAAAA